AUGGCUUCCUCAUCGACGCCCAUCACCCCCUUGCUCUACUCGUGCAUAGCACACAACAAUACAAUCCUCAGCGAAUGCACGACAUCGGCCUCGUCGCAGACCUCCUCCCUCGCCUCCCUCAUCCUACCCAAGAUCGAUCACAGCAGCCCUCAGAAGCUGACCUACACCCACGGCUCGCACCAUAUUCAUUACAUCGCCGAGGCGCCCUCAGACCAUCCAGACCACCCGUCCGCCGGCGGUCUCACCUUCCUCGUCAUCGCCGACGCCUCGUUGGGCCGCCGCAUCCCCUUCGGCUUCCUCUUCGAGAUCCGCCGCCGCUUCCUCGAGCAGUUCCCAGCCGAGUCAACCGACUACGCCGAGCUGCCAAAUUAUGGCGUUGCCAGUUAUAACGGCCAGCUCAAGAAGUUCAUGGUCGACUACGGCACCACAAGCGGCGGCAAGGACGACGCCAUCUCCAAUGUCCAACGCGAGAUUGACGAUGUCCGCGGCAUCAUGACGCGCAACAUCGAGGGCCUGCUCGAGAGGGGCGAGCGCAUCGACCUGCUUGUCGAUAAGACGGACCGUCUCGGUGGCAGCGCCCGCGAAUUCCGCGUCCGCAGCCGCGGCCUGAAGCGCAAGAUGUGGUGGAAGAACGUCAAGCUCAUGGCGCUGCUGACGCUUGUCGUCGUGCUGAUUGUCCUUGCGAUUGUAAUUGCGGUGAAAAACUGA